AUGUACCUGCGAGCAGUCCACGCAGAGGGGCAAAUCGCCAUCCUCCACCAACUCAUCCGCGACAACCCACUAGGAAUUGUCACAACAGCUAUCCGGUCGCCUUCAUACCCACUUCUCCAAAGCAGCCAUAUUCCAUUCAUACUAGAUGUUCCAGAGACGAAAGAUGGUAGUCUCUCGAACGGAAUACUACGCGGUCAUAUGGCAAAGCAGAAUCCGCAGGCAAAAGCGCUGAUGGAGGCAUUGGCGGCGCAACAAGAGCAAGGCAACACAAGUCUCGAGCUACCAGACGAGGUCCUGAUACUCUUUAACGGCCCACAUCACCACUAUGUGACCCCAAAAUUUUAUACCGAGACCAAGCCCGCAACUGGCAAGGUCGUUCCCACCUGGAACUAUGCCGCUGCGCAGGCAUAUGGGAAAAUCCGGAUAUACUGUGACUCCAAGUCUGAGGAAACGUCGAACUAUUUACAGAAGCAAGUUGAGGAACUAUCGAACCAGUCGGAAACGUCAAUUAUGGGAUAUGCUUCGCCGUGGAAGGUGUCUGAUGCGCCGGUUAACUACGUCGACCUUCUAAAGAAGAACAUUAUCGGCAUCGAGAUUACGAUCGACCGCCUACAGGGGAAGUUUAAGAUGAGCCAGGAAAUGGGCCAGGGUGAUCAGGAGGGCGUCAUCAAUGGGUUCGAGAAACUGGGCACUGAAACCGGGAAGGGGAUUGCGGAUAUGGUGAAGCUGAGGGCAGAAAUGAAGGAUCGGAAGAAGUGA